AUGGCUACUAAUAUCACCUGGCACGACAACUUAAGUCACGAAGAAAGAGCUGCUUUGAGAAAGCAAGGAGGUGCAACUAUUUGGUUCACUGGUUUAAGUGCCAGUGGUAAAUCUACAAUUGCUUGUGCUCUCGAACAAGCACUUUUACAAAGAGGAAUCAAUUCCUAUAGAUUAGAUGGUGAUAAUGUUAGAUUUGGGUUGAAUAAGGAUUUAGGUUUCAGUGAAGCUGAUAGAAAUGAGAAUAUUAGAAGAAUUGCUGAAGUUUCCAAAUUAUUUGCUGAUUCUUGUACUAUUGCUUUAACUUCAUUCAUUUCUCCAUAUAAGAAGGAUAGAGAUUCUGCUCGUGUUUUACAUGAACAAGGAGGUUUACCAUUUGUUGAAGUAUAUGUUGAUGUUCCAAUUGAUGUUGCUGAAACCAGAGAUCCAAAGGGUUUAUAUAAAAAGGCAAGAGAAGGUAUUAUUAAAGAAUUCACUGGUAUUAGUGCACCAUAUGAAGCUCCAGAAAAACCAGAAAUCCAUUUAAAAAAUUAUGGUGAUUUAACUGUUGAACAAGCUGCUCAACAAGUUAUUGAAUAUUUGGAAUCAAAGAAAUAUAUUUAA